GUUCUUUCCUCGAGCAAUAAAACAGCGAUAAUGGCAGACGAUUUAUUGAACACAAAUGGCAAUGCAGAAGUUGACCCUGCUGCCGAAUUUCUUGCUCGAGAGCAGGACGAACUCGCCGAAUUAGGAGAAGACUUUCAGACUGAGGAAAACGGCGAUGUAAGUUUUUCAAAUCCAGAACAAAGGUCGGCGUUUGACAUGAUAGUAGAAGCCAUCAGAAUCAAUAUUUGCUAACAAAUUGACAAUUGAGUAGUAUUUUGUUGUUUUUUUUCGCUACCAUGCACCAUUUUUGUUUCUUAUAUAUAUGUAAUAUUCGGAGUAGUGAAAGUUUAUUUUUGAAAAGGGUAAAAAUUCGUGUUUUCUCGUUUUGUUCAAAUGGUUGUCACAUUUCGGGAUUUAAUCUUAAAAUAUUUGAUGAAUGAUAUUUUGAAAUCACUGAUAUAAGGCCAUGAGGGUUGGAUAUAUAAUAACCGUGGAUAUUCAUCAGACAUCAGAUCUGAAUGUGCUACGGCUAUUAAUCCGACACAAUAUUACGCAAGCGUACAACUGUUGAUUCAUGGUUUUUUUGUACAAUAAAUUUUUCCUGAACCUUUCCCAUAUCCUAAGUCUGACCCUAAACUAAACUAACCAUUCUGGCCACUUUACGGCAGAGAAAGAAACACUAACAUAUACACUGGAAAUUCCAUUCCCAAAUUCGAACCUAGAGACAGUGCCCUACAAUGCAAGUGCCUUAACCACUAGGCUGCUGAGAAUUUACGUGAAAUCACAUGAAAUUUAUUUGUUACCAUUUUAGCAUUUCCAACAAACAAGGAAAAUACUUCGGUCUGAUGAAUAGCGUCUAAAUGUUGAUCUGAUGUCCGAUGAAUAAUCACUGCGUAUAAAAUAUUUUUUUCGAGAUAAAAUGCACAAAACUAAUUGCAUUCUUGUCUAGUUUAGUUUUGAACACUGGUCAAAUGAAAACAAGUUGAUAAGCAAUACAUAGAGAAAACUCCUAUAAAACUUUGAACCAGCUCAAAAUUGACGAGAGUCGAUGAGUGUGAACCUGGACUUUAGUUGUCAGAAAUUAGAUGUGUAUCAUAAUGAAUAAUGGUAUUGUUUUUACAGGCUGGGGAACAAGAUGACACUGGAGAUUUAAUUGGCGGUACCGAGGAUGUUGGCGGUCCAGCAAUUAAUGGUUUUGACGAUGUAUGAUAAAUCAUUGCUUGUCACAGCUUGGUUUAUAUAUUGACAGUUCUUAAUGUAAUGUUGAUGUUUUUAAGGACGAUGAUCCACUGCCAAGCUCAAUGUCAGGAGGAAAUUUGGUUCCAGAAAUUGAACCAGAAUGUAUAAGGUAAUCUUUGGAAAAGUGCUCAGCACUCAUGCCAAGGAUCUUUUUGGGCCUGUCGCUCGAUAGAACCAAUAGCUGAAGGGCUUUUGUUCUAUGGAAAUUUUUGAGAGGAAAGUUAUGUACAAUUUUCAGACCUAACAAGGAACAGUGCAGCAAAAAUGCAACUAUAGCCCCCCUGACAGGAAUAGAACCUGCAAUUCUGAUGCAGUGCUCUAACAACUCAAUGGACCUAUUACCUAAUAGCCAAUAUUUUGAUCUCAACAUGUCUAGACAAAAAUUUCACCACUGCUUGUAAGGGUCUAUCACGCCUCCCAAUUUUCCCCACAAUUUCAACUUUUCACAAGAACAGUUUUGGAGGUCAUUGGGGGAGGGCAGCACCCCCUUGUGGUUAUGCCACUAAAUGGCAGUGCAAUUAUUAAAUCAUUUUAUUAUUUUUGCCAAAAUUGGCUAACACAAGGUAUAAUGUUAAGAUUAAUGAAUCAUAUGCCCAACUUAAUUCCGUUUGUUUCAGAAAAUGGAAGGAGGAAAAAGCUGCUUUGCUGGAAGAGAUGGACGAGAAGGAACGACAAGAUCAGGAGGAUUGGAUCGCUCAAGGAAAGAAAGAACUAGAAGAGUGGUACGCACGAACGAAUGAACAACUUGGAAAAACCCAAGAAAAUAACAGGUAUAUAUAUUUGUAGAAGGUUAUGGUAAAAUAUUGUUUGUAUCUAAGUAUUAGUGUCACACAUACUAGAAUUGAGCUAAACUACCAGGUGAUCUCGUGUUCGUAUUUUAGCCAAUCAGCGCCCAGAAAGGGUUGUCCGAAUAGAAAUCCAUUUUGAUGUAUUCAGUCAAUUAUAUCUUUCGUUAUUCUUUAUGAAACUAGUUGAAAUUUUGUAAUUAUGUUUGGUUAUGAGAACUAUAGCUCUGACAAAAAUAUGGAAUCGAAAUAAACCAUAUUACAGGAGAUAUUCAGUUGUUUUAGUCAUAAAAUGGAUUUCUAUUUGACAACUAGUGCCAGUACUUUUCCGCGUAUCAAGAUCAUCUGGUAUACAGUGGGCAGACUUGCAAAUAAUUAUUUUCUUGGGAAGGACAAAUGUCUGGCCAAGAAAAAGUGAUCAGACAUUACUGAACUCUUGUUGGAUAAUGGACCAAGUAAAGUUCUUCAUUUAGCACAAUGUAUUUUGGAUGACUAUCACUGUUGAAGCCUUGGCCAAACCUAGAUUGCAAAUAAACAGUACAGUCUGUUUCUAUGUUACCAUAUUGUUUAUUUGUUUGUUUAUUGAGUUCCUCACUCAUUGGUGAGCAGAAUUUCCCAACAAUAGCCAAAUUGAUGGGGGAUCCGAGGUACCUCAAUUUAAUGUCCUGUCAAUGUAAAGGUAGUUCUUUCUCCUCAAUUAUUUUCAGACCUUGACUAGGGGUCAUUGAACGCGGAUCUCCCAACUUGUAAGGCAAGCGUGGUGAGGCCAAAAAAAGUAUGUGGGUUUCCGGUUUCCUGACCCUACCUAGCUUUUGGACGUCAAAAUCCCGACCCUAAACUUUUUUAUUGGAUCAUGCUUGUAAGUGUUUCCACUUAGAGGAAAAAGUUUGUGGAAAAUUGAAAUUUGAGGCAAUAUUAGGGAAAUUUACCUUUGGAUGUGGAAGCACUGACUAAACAAAAUGGCGUCCGCUUGUUCGGAAAAUUAAAAAGUUUUAAAAAAAAAGUUAAAACCGACCUACCCCACCUAAGUUUUUAUAAGAAGAAACCGGAAACCCACAUUUUUUUUUGGCCUGCCCAUGACACCAUAAGUGCUGGUCAUUUAAAUUGAUCGGACUCAAUGUCUGGUAAUAAAAAGCUUUUGUUGGACAAAACGUAAAAUUUGGCCGGACAGUGUCCGAUGACGGGGUAGCAUUAAUCGCAUUCUCAUCUACAAAUUUCUCUCGUUUUCAGAGCGGACGAAGAACAAUUCAUCGCCGAGCGAGAUGAGACAAAGCCUGGUUCAGAAUGGGAAAAAGUCUGUCGCAUGUGCGAUUUCAAUCCCAAGGGAACGAAACCUACGAAAGAUACAUCAAGAAUGCGCUCAAUAUUGUUACAACUCAAACAGACUCCUUUAAUUCGAUGAUACAACCAGACCUUUAUACUUUUGACAUUUUAAUUUAGAAUUUCUCUUUGUAAUUAUUAUAGUCAUAAUUAACUACAUCUCCAAUUCUCCGUAAGAGCUGUAGAAGAACUAUGAUAUACCAUAAUAUACCAAUUAUCACUCUAACAUAUAUAUGAAGUUAUUUAACGUAUAACGGAUCAUUCAUUAUCAAAUAGCGAGAUUAGAUCACCAUGAUUUUCAUAUUCUGUUGGUUAUAAAGAUGAUUUCUGUACGAAAUUACUGUUCUAAUAAAUUCUUGAUUUUCAUCAUUUUAA